CGCUACAGGAGCCGUCGCUGCUGCCUGCGGACCUGCGUCUAGACUGACCCACCGCGGAGGCAGGAGAGAUGCUGUCCUGCCGACUCCAGUGCGCGCUGGCCGCGCUCUGCAUCGUCCUGGCUUUGGGCGGCGUCACCGGCGCGCCCUCGGACCCCAGACUCCGUCAGUUUCUGCAGAAGUCUCUGGCGGCUGCCACCGGGAAACAGGAACUGGCCAAGUACUUCUUGGCAGAGCUGCUGUCCGAGCCCAACCAGACGGAGAACGAUGCCCUGGAGCCCGAGGAUUUGCCCCAGGCAGCUGAGCAGGACGAGAUGAGGCUGGAGCUGCAGAGGUCUGCCAACUCGAACCCAGCCAUGGCACCCCGGGAACGCAAAGCUGGCUGCAAGAACUUCUUCUGGAAGACAUUCACAUCCUGUUAGUUUUAAUAUAGCUGUCUCAGCCAGACCCCUGAUCCCUCUCCUCCAAACCCCGUAUCUCUUCCUUAACUCCCAGUCCCCAAUGCUCAACUAGACCCUGCAUUAGAAAUUGAAGACUGUAAAUACAAAAUAAAAUU